AUGAUGAAGACCCCGCGGGGCAGCGUCCCAGUGCUGCUGCCGCUGAUGCUCCUGAGUCUGCUCCACGUCUCCCGGGCCCAGAGUGGCUGCACUGGGCACCCGGCCAUCCCUGGCAUCCCAGGAAUCCCCGGGGCACCGGGCUCCGACGGCAAACCAGGGACUCCAGGGAUAAAGGGAGAGAAAGGGCUGCCGGGGCUAGCUGGAGACCACGGUGAGCAUGGAGAGAAGGGGGACCCAGGGUUUCCUGGGAUUCCAGGAAAAGUCGGCCCCAAGGGCCCCGUUGGCCCCAAAGGUGCCCCAGGGCCUCCUGGAGCCCAUGGCCCCAAGGGCGAAUCAGGAGACUACAAGACCACGCAGAAAAUCGCCUUCUCUGCCACACGCACCAUCAACAGCCCCCUGAGGCGGGACCAGGUCAUCCGCUUCGACCACGUGAUCACCAACACCAACAACAACUACGAGUAUCGAAACGGCAAGUUCACGUGCAGGGUGCCCGGUCUCUACUAUUUCACCUACCACGCCAGCUCUCGAGGGAACCUGUGCGUAAACCUCAUGCGGGGCCGGGAGCAGACACAGAAGGUGCUCACCUUCUGCGACUAUGCCCACAACACCUUCCAGGUCACCAUGGGCAGCGUCGUGCUCAAGCUGGGGCUGGGGGAGACCGUCUUCCUGCAGGCCACCGACAAGAACGCCCUGGUAGGCCUCGAUGGGGCCAACAGCAUUUUCACCGGGUUCCUGCUCUUCCCAGAUGCAGAGGUGUGA